AGGGGGGGCUCUAGUACGAGGCUAAAACCCUUAUCAUCGUCGCGUCUCCUCUCCGACUCGCGGGAGGGAGAAGGGGAUGAUGCUCUUCGAGUUCGACCGCCUCUGAGAACCACCAACCUCGCCGAGCUCGAAACCCUAGCCAAAGAAGAAGAAGAAGAAGAAGAUAACGGGAGCCGCGGCGAUGUCCUCUGCACGAAUCCAUCUCGUCUCCGACGGUUAUACACUCACUGAUAGAAAAGGCACUAUUGGAAGAGCAACCGUACCGGUUUGCAAUGGAGACCGAUUCUUUCGGGGGGCAAUUUUCUUGAGGAAAUGCUCUACUUACGCCCCAAAGAGAAUUUCUUUUGUGUGUAGUGCUAGUUCUAACAGCCACAGGAGAAACCCAGAUUUCUCAAGACAGCAAAAGGGAUCUUCGAGGGGGAGGGGCAGGCAAUACCAAGAGCGGGAGUACUCUGACAACGUUGAAGAAACAGACCCAGUACCCUCCAAAAAUGGGCCACUGCUUUCUUUGACUAGCAACCCUAGGCAUCAAGCCACAGCUACUCCAGGGCGAAGAGAGAAGGAGAUCGUGGAGCUUUUCAGAAAGGUCCAAGCACAACUACGAGAACGAGCAGCAAUUAAAGAAGAGAAGAAGAUUGAAACUGCGCAACAACAAGGGCAGGGAGAGAGGGGAACCGUUGAUUCCCUUCUCAAGUUAUUGAGGAAACAUUCGGUGGAUCGAAAAAAGAAGAACACUGUGGACUCUGAUUAUAACAUGGACCAACCAGAAAGAAGCAGCACCUUUGAAGAUGAGCAAAAUUCGAACUAUUUUAGCCCUAAUAACGAUUCCCAAGAGGAAGUUCAUGAGCCAGAUGCUGCGCCUUUUAGUAGACCAGCAUCAAACUUCAGACGCCGUUCUCCAGUUCCUAAAGUUAAGUUCCAACCUAUAUUUUCAGCAGAUGAGGGUAAUAGCUUUACUCCAUUUAAGACGGCUCAGGGGAAGAAGACUGCUAUUCGUGAGCCUGAGGUUGUCCCAGAGGCUGAGCCUGAACCUUUGGAUGAGCCCGACGAUGUAUUUUUACAUGAUCAAUCCGAUACUUCUGAUACUGAGGAAUCUCACACAGAAGAGAUUGUAGAGCCCCCAUCUACUGUGGAAAGCCCUGAUUUAGGUUCUAUGAAACUGACGGAAUUAAGGGAAAUUGCAAAGUCUCGAGGCAUUAAAGGUUACUCAAAGCUGAAGAAAGGUGAAUUGGUCGAACUGUUGAGUGGGUAUUCUGCUUGAUCAAUCUGUUCUGCAUUCAUCCUGACCUCCCAUGCAGCUAAUUUUCCUUGUUUUCUAUCGGAACUUUUUGUUUAUGUUUUGCCCUUGUACUUUGUUUCUUUUUUUCCUGACUGGCUGGGCUUCUAGAUAUGUAUAUGGAGAAAUCAUGGUAAACUUCAUUUUGUUGGAAUUUUGAUUCAUUAUUUUUGCUUAUGCUCCUUAA